AUGUUUUCUCCCAUUACUUCAGAACCUAUGCUACUCCAGGGUCGUACUAAACUAAUCACCGAGGAAAGGGGCAAACGCAAUAAGGUGAAAACCUCGGACGGCAAUGAAAUCGAUACGGUAUUCAUAGACAAUCGCAACAAAAGUACCAACGGGCGUACACUGGUGUUCUGCUCCGAAGGCAAUGCGGGAUUCUACGAGAUUGGCAUCAUGUCCACGCCAAUUGAGUUGCAGUAUUCGGUUCUAGGAUGGAACCACCCCGGUUUUGCCGGUAGUAGUGGUUCGCCCUAUCCGGAUCAAGACCAAAAUGCGGUGGACGCGGUGAUGCAAUUUGCGAUAACUGAUCUUGGUUUUACUCCUGACAACAUCAUCCUCUACGGUUGGAGUAUUGGAGGUUAUUCAACGCUGUACGCUGCCUCGCAGUAUCCCGAUGUUAAGGGAGUCGUUCUGGAUGCUACCUUUGACGAUGUGCUGCAGCUGGCAAUACCGAGGAUGCCGGAAAGUCUAUCCAAUAUUGUCAAGAUUGCCAUCCGAGAUUACAUCAACUUGAACAAUACGGAGCUGAUUUCGCUAUACAAUGGACCUGUGAUGUUGAUCCGACGAACGGAAGAUGAAAUCAUUUGCUCAGAAGACAACAACUUAGCUACGAACCGUGGCAAUUUCCUACUGAUUAAUAUGCUCAAGUUUAGGUUUCCUAACAUAUUUAAGGCCGAUCAGGAGAAUCUAGCAAAAGACAUUCUUGGAAGACCAAUCGAGUUCAUGAGGGAUGAUUCUGAUGAACUUUGUCUGUCGCUACUAAUGUCUUACUUGACGGACAAUGGUAACAAUGGUACAUCCCGGAGUUAUCCUAUCGAGAUUGGUGCCGAUUACAGCAGUGAUCAAAGAGAUUCGAUGGCCAAGUUUCUGCUGAGGAAACACCUGCAGGAUUUCAAGUCAACCCACUGCACGCCGCUGCCUGCCGAGUAUUUCAAAGCUCCCUGGGAGAUCCCCAGCGACACGGACUUUGUAUUCACCUAAAAGGAAAAUCCUUCAAAAACAACUGUGGACUCGUACCGAAUAUGGCGAAGCACUAGCACGCAUAACGCUACAACAAAUUGUACUACGUUCCAAUACACUAUUCUCAGCUGCAGAAUAACUGUGAACCCGGUGAUUGAUAGAAUGAGGUUUUAUCCAGAUCUUUUAGUAGUGAGUGUGUGUGUGUUUUUUUUCAUUAACAUAUAAAAGUUGUUUUGUUUUUAAGGCAUCGUAAGUAUUUCAUUUCUGCUUCCAUAUUCACAUUCUUUGCGGUAUUUGUCCAAUUAUCGGUGGGCAGUGGGAAUAGUAGUUGAAAAAAAAAUUAAUAUUGUGCAAAUUGGUCGGUGUGUACUACGUAGAACAUAUAUUUAAAAAUGAAUUCUUUUCCUCAAAGAAAUUUGACAUUCGAACCCUAUGCUUUAGUAGCAGUAGAAUAUUCUCAGCCUAUUUAUUGGUAGAUUAUAAGAACCAACAGGUAUCAAUAGCUUGAAGUAGUCUCAGAUCGAAAAUUCGUCCUUCAAAGGACAUGAAUUUACUGUACGGUAAGAUGAGAACGGUCAUUUGAAAACGCAUGAAGGGUACAUAUUUUGCGUAAAAUCCUAUAGUUGAUGAAAAAUAACAGAAUUCAGAUGGAAAUAUACAUUAGAUUACAUUCAUUGAUAUGCAGCAUAA